CAAUCAAUCAUCCCAUUCACAAAAACAAACCCUAAUUCAUUUCUCCCAGAUCUACAAACAAACUCUCAAUGGCUCCCAAAGCAGAUAAGAAACCGGCGGAGAAAAAACCGGCUGAGAAAUCUCCGGCCGCCGAGAAGAAGCCCAAGGCUGGGAAGAAGCUCCCCAAAGAAACCGGUUCAGCGGUGGUUGACAAGAAGAAGAAGCGGGUCAAGAAGAGCGUGGAGACCUACAAGAUUUAUAUCUUCAAGGUGUUGAAACAGGUUCAUCCUGAUAUCGGGAUAUCGAGCAAGGCCAUGGGGAUUAUGAACAGCUUUAUCAAUGAUAUUUUUGAGAAAUUGGCACAGGAGGCUUCCAAAUUGGCGAGGUAUAAUAAGAAGCCGACGAUUACAUCGAGGGAAAUUCAGACGGCAGUAAGAUUGGUGUUGCCUGGGGAGUUGGCUAAGCAUGCCGUGUCGGAGGGGACUAAGGCUGUUACCAAGUUUACGAGUUCUUGAAGAUAGGAUGGUUUGAUUUGGUUUAAUUUAGGUGUUUUCUGUUGUGUGUGUUUUGUUAUGUAUGUACGGUUGAAUUUGGGUAGGAUGAAAUAUCUCUAUAUUUUUAAUAACAUAAUUUUAAUAAUCAAUGAUAGUUUGCUCUAUUUUGAUAA